AUGCAAGAAUCCGUCACCCGCGGCGUCUGUGGCCAAGAUGGCUGUCUCGAGACGCGGUAUAUCCUGGAAAAUGGUCUGUGGUUUUGUCGGGCUGGUGGGCAUCAACAGGAGGGCCGCCAAGUGAUCGUUGACGAUGACGAUUUCGGUAUGCAGGGCAAAGUCAUCCGGCAGAAGAAGGUGAAGACGGAGAGAAUGUCAAAGACAUACCAUGGAACCCAGGCCUACCAGCUCUUCCUCGAAGCAUACCAGCUCCUCCUUUGGAAACAAUGCCAUGCGCUCGUGCAUAGUAAAGGGAUGCCACCGGAGCUUGAGGCCCUCGUCAAAGAUCUCUGGACCCUCCGCUUGCCGCAGCUGUACAGCCGCAGCGGAGACGGACUUGCGGAUGCGUCUGAAGAUGAUGGUGAUGCGGGUCUACCGCAAGUGUUUAGUUCGCAGAUGGGGCCAUCGUCUGUUGCUGUUACUACUGGCGCAAGUAACAGCGAUGUAGAUGCAGAUCCGGAUGUGACGAUGACGCUGCUGCAACGGAAGACGAGGAAGCGGAGAAUGCAUACCAUCGUAGACGGCUUAUGGAGUCUCCGAAGCUAA